AUGUCAAAUUUUUCUUAAUUUCUUGAAGACAUCAGCGAUUUCAAAGAUAAGCCUGUUAAAUUAAAAUAGAUCAAAAAAGUUCUGAAAAUAAAUGAAAAAAGUUUUCCACCUUGCAAAAAUAUCCUGAAUUAUUAUUUCUAAGAGUUUUCAAAGUAGAUGUUUACAAUAAAAGUAGACGAACUAAUGAAGAACAUCGUACUAAGUGGCAUAGAAAAGAUAAAAUACUAUUUGUAUGGACUGUAUUGAAAUAUUUUGAAUUAACGAAUAAGAGUGAUCUCAAUCCUGUAUAUCUUAUAAAUAGCAUAGUCUGAUUAAGAUUGGCAAUAUCUUUCUUCAGUGCUGGGUGUGACAGAAUAAUUAUUGAAUUUGAAAUGGAUUAGUAUGCUUAAAACUAAUUUAAAAAUGGCACCUUGGAAUAUAGAGGAAGAUGAAGUUUUACAAAAAUUAAUUACAGAUCCAAGUGAAAAUAAGAAUUGGACUCAAAUAACUAUUGAUUUUAAUCGGGCUAAUCCAGCAAAAAUUGUUAGACAUGCUAAAUAAAUCCGAGAAAGAUGGAAUAAUUAUUUAAAUCCAGACUUAAAAAAGUAUUAUAAUGAUAAUUAAUUAGAUCUGAAUGGUCUUAACCAGAAUAAUUAUAAUUAUUAUUGUUAGUGUAAGAAAUAGGAAAGAGAUGGUCUUUAAUCUCAAAACGUAUUUAAGGAAGGACUGAAAAUUAAGUAAAAAAUCAAUACAAUUCAAUGAUGAAUAAUUAUAGAAGAUAGAAUGUAUAAAUUAAGUAUAGAUUUAGUAAUUGGAUAAUGAAGAUAUUGCAAUUCAUAAAUUGUUGGCCAAUUUAUAAGGUAAAGAUUAUGAAGGUCCUGUACCAAUAACUAGUAAGAGAAUAAGAAAAACGAUCAACAAUAAUAAUAAUAAUAACAAGGAUACUAUUUUAUAUAAUAAUGAUCAGUCUUACAUGUAGAUUGAGAAUAACAUAAUUAAUGAAAUUAAGGAGGAACAUUAAUAAGAGUAAUCUUAAUAGUAAUUUUAAUUAUAAUAGUAAUUUUUAUAACAAUAAUAAUAAUUACAGCAAUAAUAAUAAUAAUAAUAAUAAUAAUAAUAAGUAUAAUAACAUUAACCACAAUAAUAAUAAUAGUAAUAAUAAUAAUAACAAUAAUAAUAAUAACCUUUAAUGCUUGGAUUACCAGUAUACUCACCUAUGUUACCUUUUUCACCAUUACAUUAUUUAUUAUGUAAAAGAUAGAAAGUAUGAUUAGAAUCAAGUCCCAACCAUAUUUCAUCCCCUUAUGAAAUAAGGAACAAAACUUAUUCUGGCUAAUUACAGUUAUUUGAUGAAUACAUGAAAUCGACAAAUAAUUUGGAUUCGAGUGCUCCCUAGUAAGAUGUACCUUGUUUGUUAAGAUUAUUUAAUUCACCAGCUUUUAGCAAUUAAGGUUUUCCUUUUGCUACUAUGCCCUUCCAAUAACCUACAUAAUAAUAAUCAACUUACAACACAAAAAAAAUAAAUAAGAUUUAAAAAGAAUUGUUAAAAUUCGAUACAGGUUUAAAUAAAGAUUGCUGA